UGUGCAAAGGUCAGAUGUUUCCAUCCGUGGUGAAGAGGAGCAGAGUCGGGACCUGCUAAUCUGCUUGUGCUCCGGACCAUGGACUCAUUGAGGCCAUCCCAGGUGUGAAAAUGUCCAGCAGUAACCGGGAGUUAGUGAUUGACUUUGUUUCCUACAAGCUCUCGCAGAAGGGAUACAGCUGGAGCCAGCUGGAGGAGGAGGAGGAGGAUGAGAACAGGACUGACUUCGCCGCGGAGGAGGCCGAGAUGGACAGCGUCCUCAACGGGAGCCCCUCCUGGCACCCACCCCCCGCCAGCCACGUAGUGAACGGAGCCGCCGUGCACCGGAGCAGCCUCGGGGUCCAUGAAAUGGUUGAAGCAGCUGAUGUGAGGCAGGCGCUGAGGGAGGCGGGGGAUGAGUUUGAGUUGAGGUACCGACGAGCUUUCAGCGACCUCACUUCCCAGCUCCACAUCACCCCGGGCACGGCCUACCAGAGCUUUGAGCAGGUAGUGAACGAACUCUUCCGCGACGGAGUGAACUGGGGCCGCAUCGUGGCUUUCUUCUCCUUCGGGGGAGCCUUGUGCGUGGAGAGCGUUGACAAGGAGAUGCGGGUAUUGGUGGGACGCAUUGUAUCUUGGAUGACCACCUACUUGACCGACCACCUAGACCCCUGGAUCCAGGAGAAUGGCGGAUGG